GGGACGGGCCAGCCGAGGCGUCGGGGCUCCCCGGGGCCGCCCGCUCGCAGCGCCCGGCCGCCGGCGUGGGAGAUGGGCAAAGGCGCCGGUUCCCCCUCCGCCGGCGGCAGCUACCCGCAGAAAAACGCCGAGAUCCUCAGCAGCCAGUACGGCAUCAACCUCUUCCUGGCUGGGCUGCUGCUCACCUUCGCCUGGGCCGUGCACGCCGUGGGCAUCAGCAAGAGCCACCUGCUCUCCUACCUCAUCACGCUGAUGCUCAUCCAGCUGCUGUGGAUGCUGUGGUACCUCUGCAGGAGCUGCAUGCAGAGGAGGCUGAUCCGGGACAAGGACACACACGCCGGGGCCCGCUGGCUGAAGUGUGGAAUUACAUUAUUUGCAGUGAUUACUUUAAUUCUGGACUCAUUUAAAAUUGGAUAUUAUAUUGAUUUUUCAAACUGUUUAUCACCAGCUGAAGGCAUUUUUCCUGUUACACAUGCCGUGCACACCAUCUUACAGGUGUACUUUCUUUGGUGUCAUGCAAAGGACGUUAUCCAGUCUUUCAAAACACUUGAAAGGUUUGGGGUUAUCCAUUCCGUGUUCACAAAUUUACUCCUGUGGACAAAUGGAGUGCUAACCGAGUCAAAACAUCAACUGAAUGAACAUAAGGAAAGACUAAUCACGCUUGGUUUUGGGAACAUCACAAUAGUUUUAGAUGAUCAUGCACCUCAAUGCAAUUGCACAACAACAACUCUCUGUUCAAUAUUUUCUCAAGGAAUAUAUUAUCUAUACCCCUUUAAUAUAGAGUACCACAUCCUAGCAUCGACGAUGCUCUAUGUCCUGUGGAAGAACAUUGGCCGCAAAGUCGAGCACCACCAGCAACACAAAACUCCAUUCAAAUUCCACGGCAUAACUGUUGGAAUGAUUUUUGGACUAAUCGUGUUAACUAGCACAAUAGCCAUAGUUGUUGUGUAUUUAAUUCAGAUUGGACGUUCGAAAAUCAAAAGCGAGUUAGCACUUACUAUGUUUUACUUGCAUGCCAUCUUUGUGUUGGCUCUCAUGUGUACAGCUGGAAUUGUUGCCCUUCUCAUCUACAGACUGGAAGAUAGAUCAUUGGAUAAUUCGAAAAAUCCUGCUCGAAAACUCGAUGCAGAACUGCUGGUGGGGACAGCUGCAGGGUCCUGGCUCCUCUCCUGGGGCUCGAUCCUCGCCAUUAUCUGUGCCCAGGCUCAUCCAAAAUACACAUGGUAUAACCUGCCCUACUCUGUCCUGGUUAUUAUUGAGAAAUAUAUUCAGAACCUCUUUAUCAUUGAAUCUAUACAUCGCGAGCAGGAAAAGGUGAACGAUGAUAUUAAAACUCUUCGAAUAGUGACUAUAUCGCGGGGGAGCACUUUAUCACUUACCCCCUCAUACAAAGAGGUCUACAAUGGCAGAGCUGCUCAUGAGAUCGGAGAGGUGCCCUGCCUGUUCGAGGGCAGUAUCUGUGGGAGAGAAAAUGGUGGUGCCAAAGAAGAAAGGGGUCAGGAAAACAGUUCGGUCGUGCAUUCAGCCUCAGAUUUCUCAUUUUACAGUAGAAACUCAGUCACUAACAACAAGAGGAGAGUUCUGAAGAACAUAGCUGCAUUUUUAUUCCUAUGCAAUCUUUCGCUUUGGAUACCACCGGCAUUUGGGUGCCGCCCAGAAUAUGACAAUGGACUAGAAGAAAUAGUGUUUGGCUUUGAACCCUGGAUAAUUGUUGUGAACCUUGCGAUGCCUUUUUCUAUUUUCUAUCGGAUGCAUUCAGCUGCCUCACUCUUUGAGGUCAAUUGUAAAACAUAGAUCAUAUAUGGUCCCUCAGUGAACAAUUGAUUGCAUAAUUAAUUAAACAGUUGAAUGAGUGGAUGUAUGAAUGAGUGAACAUAGCAACAGCUGCUCAAUAAACAGAAGAUUCAAUAAUUUUUUUAAAA